AUCGUGUAGCGUUUCCCUCAGGACCUGCCGGGCCUCGUUCAGCGUUGUUCCUCGGGACAAGUGGGUCCGUACCCGGCGUGCUACGCUGUAAUCCUAAUUGCACCGGGCAACCAUUCCUCGAAUCCAAGCAAGAGCUUCCUUUUCGCGCCCGGGGCUUCCCCGAGGUGGAUUCCUGCCUCUCGAGCUGCCAACCGGCGGAGCUGCUUGCCUUCAGACGUUGUGGGUGCUUCAUCACUGGAGGCUUUUAAGAAGAGACUGGACAGCCACUUGUCUUAAUGGCAGAGGGUCUCCUGCUUGAGCCAGGGGUUGGACUAGAAGACCUCCAAGGCCCCUUCCAGCUCUGUUCUGCUUCUGAUGUUAGCUACUAAUAUUAGGCAAAGUCUCUGAACUGGAAGGGUAAAAAGCUUGUGCUUCUGGUCUGCUGACUUUGUCUUCUCACAGGUGAAUUUGCCUUACUGAGCUGCACCUCUUUGGCCGAGUUGGGGGAGCUUAGGAUCCCUCUGGAGGGCAACACUCGGCUGUGAGGGCAGGAGAAUGAGCGGGCAGCGUGUGGAUGCCAAAGUUGUGAUGCUGGGCAAAGAGUACGUAGGCAAGACCAGCUUGGUGGAGCGAUAUGUUCACAACCGCUUCCUAGUAGGACCUUAUCAAAAUACAAUAGGUGCUGCAUUCGUGGCUAAAGUAAUGUCAGUGGGAGGCCGCACAGUAACCUUGGGUAUCUGGGAUACAGCUGGUUCAGAGAGGUACGAAGCCAUGAGCCGAAUAUACUAUCGUGGAGCAAAAGCUGCCAUUGUAUGUUAUGAUCUUACUGACAGAAGCAGUUUCCAGAGAGCAAAAUUCUGGGUGAAUGAACUACAGAACUUUGAGGAAAACUGCAGGAUCUAUUUGUGUGGCACCAAAAGUGACUUGCUGGAAGAGGAUAAGAGAAGACGAGAAAUUGACUUCCAUGAUGUACAGGACUAUGCAGAUGAGAUCAAAGCUGAGCUGUUUGAAACUUCAAGCAAGACUGGACAGAAUGUAGAUGAGCUUUUCCAGAAGGUGGCUGAAGAUUAUGUGCAUUUUACUGCCUUUGAGUUAACAGAGGAAAAAGGAGUUGAUCUGAAUCAAAAGAACACUACCACCUAUUUUUACAGCUGUUGUCAUCACUGAAUUCUUUAUUUUGCCAAAAGUAACAUUUUCCACCAGAGAUAGCAAUUCAUGCUUUUUCUGGUGGGUCACAUCUUCUACUUGCUAGUUGGAAUGCCUGCCCUUUGGAUAUAUAGAACAUCAUUUGUUGGCCGCUAUCCAAGGAAACAGAAGAGAAGUAGAUCAAGGAUAUGAACAUGCUGCAAAAUGUGCUGCCUUGUUGAGUGGAAGACUUGAUUGCCUUGUGCUCCCUUCCCAGCAGAUAUUGACUAAAUUAUUGAACUGUGUCAAGAAUUAUUAUUUUUCAUCACUAUGCACAAGAGACCUUAUGCUGAGUAGGGUUGUUUUUGCUAUUUUGAAGAUGUUGCCUGAUUCUUAAGCUUAUUUAAAUGGCUUCUAAUAAGUUAUCUACAUGUAAAUAAAAGGCAGAGUGGUCUUGUG